AUGGAUGGUUGUGGUAAAGAUGAAAUAUCUUCAGCGAAUUGUGUAGAACUUGUUAUUGAUGACGCCAGUCCCUCUUCUUACUCUUUUACCAUCACUGGACCUACCACAAACACCACAACCGCUUCAAUUUCUAAACUUCAAACUUUUACCAACAUUUGUAAAAAUCAUGAAAUAGCACCUUGUGCUUAUCUUAAUAUGGAGGCAUUGAAUGAUUAA